GCCCGGCGGGCUGCAUGCUGGCACGCCUUCUUCUGAACAACGACAGCCAUGUCACCGUAACGAUUUUCGAAAGUGAGAGCAGCAUUGACUUCAGAUCUCAAGGAGGCACUCUGGACCUGCACGAGAAAACUGGUCAAGCUGCACUCAAGAAAGCUGGACUGUUCGACGCAUUCUUGAAGUACGCUAGAUAUGAUGGCGAAGCAUUCAAGAUCGCGGAUAAGAAUCUCCUCUGCUAUAUCACGCAGCAAGGAUCAAAGGGCAGCUCAACUACUGGGAGACCUGAGAUUGACCGGCCAAGGCUAAGAGAGUUGAUAUUCAGGAGCCUGCCUGAAGGCACAAUCCGGUGGAGCAAGAAGCUUGUCAAGAUCAGCGAUGGUCACGUGCUUUCUUUCGCAAACGACAGCACGGCCAGUGGCUUCGAUCUCAUUGUUGGAGCAGAUGGCGCAUGGUCGAAAGUUAGACCCCUACUCAGCGAUGCCAGACCCUACUACAGCGGCAUAGCUGGUCAUUCGCUUCUCAUCUCGAACGCCGAACAACAAGUGCCCGAUCUACACAAACUGGUCAAUCGCGGUAACCUCUUUGCCUUCUCGGACGGCAAAAGUAUCAUGGCGCAGCAAAUUGGAGACGGCAGCAUCAAUGUUGCAACCUGGGCAACACCGUUUGCAGGGGAAGGCGUUGAUCUCGCAUUCCAAGACGCCAUGAAGCUCGCCGCAGCAAUCAAGGCGUCUCAUUCGAGUCAGGAGCUUGAUCGUAAAGUCGAGGCAUUCGAGAGAGAUAUGUUCCAACGAGCGACGGAGACACAGCAAUUGACUUACGACAUGAUGACCGCGAUGUUCUUCACGCCUGGUGCGCCACGAGAAGGCAUUGAGCGAUACAUCCUUCGUGCGGUCAGAGGAGAGCUAGGGCCUUGGAUCACUACUUUGCUGACCCCAGUGGUAUACGUGUGA